AUGGCUUCUAGACGAAGGUUAUAUACUCUUCUCAUUUGUAUAGGACUAUUGCUAGUACUUCGGAUACGUGCAAACACUGGUGCAACAGAUAUGGCUUCCAAAAUCUCACACCCUGUUGUGAUUAUUGGGUCUGGCCUUGCAGGACUCAGCACAGCCAACCAGUUGGUGCUGAAACACAAGAUUCCAAUUGUGCUCUUGGAUAAGGCCUCUUCCUUGGGAGGAAACUCGAUCAAGGCUUCCAGUGGUAUUAACGGUGCUUUUACAAGUACGCAAAAAACGCUGAAAGUCGAUGACUCUGCUGCUGCGUUCUACCAGGACACUGUGAACUCUGCUAAAAAGGCUGGAGUUCGCACUUUGAUGUCCAAACUGGCCCAGGAUUCCAGUUCCGCCAUUUCCUGGCUACAGCAAGAAUUCGACCUGAAAUUGGAUUUACUGGCACAGCUGGGGGGUCAUUCUGCUCCCAGAACGCACAGAUCAUCGGGAAAACUUCCUCCCGGGUUCGAAAUCGUUCAGACACUCUCGAAUAAACUGAAAAGCAUUUCUGAGUCUGACCCUCAGCUUGUUCAAAUCCGUUUAAACAGCAAAGUGUUCAACGUGGAAAUUGUCGACCGGAAAGUGCAGUCGGUUGAGUUUUACGACGAAAAUGGUCAAGCACAACGGCUUUUGACUGAGAAUGUGGUUUUUUGCUCAGGUGGAUUUGGAUUUUCCAAAGAAUUGCUGGACAAGUACGCACCAGCUCUCAAGUCUCUGCCUACCACCAACGGUGCUCAGACAACGGGCGAUGGUCAACUUUUGAUCGAAAAACUGGGUGGCAAACUGAUCGAUAUGUCUGAGGUGCAGGUUCAUCCAACAGGCUUCGUCGAUCCGUCAGACCCGCACAGCAACUGGAAGUUUCUCGCUGCCGAGGCUUUGAGGGGUCUUGGAGGCAUUCUUCUCAACCCAUUGACGGGACGUCGGUUUGUCAACGAGCUGGACACUAGGGAUGUUGUCACCGAGGCGAUUCAAUCCCAGUGUCCAAAAGAUGAAAACAGGGCAUUCUUGGUCAUGAGCGAAGACGUGUAUGCAAACUACAAGAACAACAUGGACUUUUACAUCUUCAAAAAGCUGAUCCAGAAGACCACUGUGGCCCAGCUGGCAGAAACUCUUCCCAUCAGUGUCUCUGAGCUGGUUUCGGAACUGCAGAAUUACAGCUCUGAGAGUUCCGACGCUUUCAAUCGUGCCUCAAGAAUUAACAACUUUGGCAGUGGAAUUGACGACACAACUACAAUUUUUGUCGGCCAAGUGACGCCGGUUGUUCAUUUCACCAUGGGUGGGGCAAAGAUUGACGAGACUUCUCGUAUUCUCGGCAAAUCUGAUGAUAUUAUUGCUGAAGGGCUAUACGCUGCAGGCGAAGUUUCUGGAGGCGUUCACGGUGCCAACAGACUAGGUGGGUCCAGUCUGCUAGAAUGUGUCGUCUUUGGACGGACAGCAGCAAAUUCAAUUGCUGCUAAACUAUGA